AUGCAUCUCAAUCCACCUUUUCGCGCCGAACAUAUUGGAUCGCUUCUUCGCCCUGAUUCCCUGUUCGAAAAGCGCCAACAACUCGAGGACGGAAAGUGCACGCGAGAGGACGUUCGGGCAGUUGAAGAUGACGCUAUCAAACAUGUGGUGAACCUCCAACGUGAGGUUGGAAUUAAGACUAUCACCGACGGUGAGCUACGAAGGGAAAUGUUCUUUGAGAACGUGUUCGACAAAUUGGAGGGGAUGACGUUCAUCCCGAAUCGACCGAUUACCACCUUCAAGCCAUAUAUUCCUCAUCAGCGGCUCAUGUACGCUGCUGGUAUGCAGGAAGCCCCGAGCAUCUUCUGUACGGGUAAAAUCAAACGAACCAAGCCCUUCUAUGUCGACGAGUUCAAAUAUAUCAAGUCAAUUGUGCCCCCAGAGGAUGUCAGGAACGUUAAAUUGACGAUCUGCUCACCUUGUUGGUUCCACCAACGGCACGGGUCCGACAUGACAUAUGACUUGUCUGUUUAUAACAAUGAUGACGAGUAUUUCGACGAUCUCGCAAUGGCGUAUCGCGCAGAAAUUCAGGAGCUCUACGAUCUUGGCUGCCGUAACAUCCAAAUUGAUGAUCCCACUUUUUGCUAUUUCUGCAACGAAGACAUGAUCAUCGGUAUGGAGAGCUCGGGAGUGGACCAUGAGGCUUUGUUGGACACCUACAUUCGCGCAAUCAACCUAUGUACCGAGGGAAGGCCCCGGGAUCUCCGCAUUGGUGUGCAUAUGUGUCGAGGCAAUUUCAAGGGUGGCGUUCAUUUCACCGAGGGGAGUUACGACAGAAUUGCCUUGAAGGUUUUCAACACCCUCGACGUUGACGUGUUCUAUUUGGAAUAUGACACAGAAAGGGCGGGUGAUUUUACACCUCUUAAGCAUUUCCCCUUGGACAAAGUCGCGGUUUUGGGUCUUGUUACCACCAAGAACCCGAAGCUGGAAUCGUUAGAAGACAUCAAGGCUCGCGUCAACGAGGCCGUGGAGAUAAUGUCGCAGGGAAAUCCCAAACGCAGCAAAGAAGUUGCCUUGAACCACACGCAAUGCGGCUUUGCUUCUGUAUGGCAGGGAAAUCCGUUGACGGAAGAGGACGAGAAGAGGAAGCUAUCGCUCCUCGUCAAGGCCGCCGAAGAGAUCUGGGGUACAGCCUAG